AUGCCACCAACCCGUACCGCCAAAAAGCCCAAAUCCUCCAAGCUCCCAACCCAGGCAUCGAGCAGCAGCACCGCCCGCCGCAAGAUUCACCGCGAAAACGUGCCAGACUCCGAGAUCCCUCGUUCCGGCACCGAAGACAUCGUCGCCUCGCAAGACGGCAUUGUCGAAGACGGUAGAGACGUGUCCGGCAUGGGGGGAGGUGGGGUCAGCGAGAAAGCGGUUGCAGAUGUCAUCGGCGAUGUCAUGGAAGCUCAAAAAAAACGCCACUCCGCCGCCCAAGCCAGCAUCCGCAAGACCUACGAGCGCUCCGUCGCCGAGACAAAAACGGCCAUCACCCACCUCUUUGACAAGUACGACGAGGAAGCCAACACAGCUCACGCAGCCCAAAUGGCCGAGCUCCAGCGCCUGAUCGGUCAGAAGCGCGAAAUCGAGGCCGCCAUGCAGAAGCGUGUUGCCAACCUGCAGCGAGCGUACGUGGUGCUGGCUACGGUGGUGGGCGGGGUGUAUCAGGCGAGGGUUGCGCAGUUGUGAUGGGUUGGGGACCGGAAAGAAGGGGAGGAGAGGAAGGAAAGGGAAGGGAAGGGCAGAGGAAAUGGGGGUAAAGUCGUGAAAUAAGGGAAGGGGAGUAAGUGAGUAGGAGUGACCCACCAGGUGACGGAUGGGAGCGACGAGACGAACAAAGAGGUAGCAAAUGGCUAGCCAGAGAGCUACACUACGUAUAUGUUCAGCAUCUCACGAUACAAAUCAAGGAAACAACGUUAAGGGGGGCGAGACAACCAAAGGCAUCCCCAAAUACAUCUCAACGCGGCAUCUGCGGC